UUUUUCAUGUGGAAAAACAGUUGGAUUGUGUGGCGUUCGCACAUGUCGUGCAGUUCCUGUACAUCCCAUUCGGCGGAUUCAAGGAAUGGAUGGAAACCGAGACCUCAAACCUUGUACAGCACGCCGAACGCAUGAAAGCCAAGUAUUGGGCCGAUUGGGACACCAUCUGCAGCACCUUAGAUAUGAAUCCACAUUUGCCUAAAAGAGAGCUGACGGCUGAGGAGACAGAGAAGAUCAAGAAAGCGGAACAGAAGAAAGAGGACGACAAGAAGAAGAAAGAGGAGAAAAAGAAACAACAGGACGAUAAAGUGAAGGCAAGAGAGGCGAAGAAACUGAAAGACGCGGAGGAAAAGGAGCGCAAGAAGAAGGAUAAGGAAGAGAAGGAUAGACUAGAGAAGGAGAAGCGGGAUAAAGAAAAGGCCGAAAAGGAGGAGAAGGAAAAGGCAGACAAAGCAGAG